GGAUUCUAGUUUAUUCGGAUUUUCGUAAAUCUUGCCAAGCCCUAGGAGGGAGGGUUUAAGAAAUAAGAAGAGUGCGAGUGUUGGAGUGUGUUGUACCCCAGAAAUGGAGUCAAAGGCCCUGCGGAUAACAUGCCUUCUUCCUCUUCUUCCCACACCCCGCUACCCGCCUCCGUCCUUAAAACUUUCGCUAUCAUUUUUUAACUCAAUUCCUCUAAGAAUCAAGUCUCUCCCCGUCGCAGCUCCGAAAAGAUGCAAGACAACCCAAGAACAAGACCUUUAUGAUGGGAUUCCCCCAGAGUUCUUUGAUGAUGAUGAUGGCGAUGGGCUUCCCCCGGAGUUCUAUGAUGAUGAAUGGCAAGCCAAGCAAAGGGAGAAGACCAAAGAGUUUCACAGAUUGCGUCAACAGGAAGAUGAAGAGGAGGAAAAGAAGGUUGAUGAGUAUCGGGAAAUCGCUAUGCGGUUGAAAGAUUAUCCUAUAGAAGAGCUUUGCAAGGCCAGGAAAUUGGUAUCUAGCUUUAUUAGAUCAGCUGAAGAAGUUGAAGAGAAAAUUGAGGAAGCUGCUGAAAAAGGUGAACUAACUGAACUUGUCCUGAUGGUAAUAUGGAAUCGCCUCGAUCUCGCCAAGCGUGAUGAUGAGAAGGAUGCAGUUCGAAGUCUUGAUCUCUUAUAUAGGCGGGUUGAGGUUUGCUCCAAAAACUUCUGUAAUGAUUGCACAGUUCAUAUGGAAAUUUUGAAACGUGAGGCUACUCCGGCCAUGAGACUGCUCAAUGAUCUUCUGAAUAUGUAUGAUGGAUUCGACGAUGAAGGGUGGCUCAAGAAAUGUAAAAAAACUAUGGUCGAAACAUUUCCACGGGAGGAUCCAUUCAGUAUUCUUGUACCCGCAGGAUUUGACAUGGAGAAGCACGAAGGCCCAGUGAGACCAAAUCUAGAAGCCGACGAUGUACUUCUAAGAGUGGAUUUCGUGAGAGAGGUAGAUGCGCUGCUACAGGAGGUUCGAGGGGAAGAAAUAGAAGCGGUAAAUGCGCAAUGGCUUGAUGCUGAAUCGGUUGCGGUUAGGUUGAAGAAACAGGAGAAGCAAAGAGCCAUUAACCAAGUGGAAGCUAUUUUAGAUGUGGCCAUUAAUUUGAAGUGGUAGUGAAUCAGAAGAAACCACAACCUGCCUUCUUCCCCUCCAUGCUUAGGCUGCUUAAUCUGUGUAUAUUGAAAGGGAUGUUUAUUUUUCAGUUUCAACAGAUUGAAUUGAAAAUGUAGAAAAAUGUCUCAACUUUUAGUA